CCGACCUCGACCCUCGCGCGCCGCCGGAACCGCGGCGCUCUGGGCGGCGCUACCGCGCGCGGGUGCGCCGUCGCCAUGGUAACCGCGGAACUCGGGGGCCUGGGGAGCGGUGUUUUUGGGAUUAAUGGAGCCAGAAGGACCUCCAGAAUCAGAGAGUUCAGAAAAAGCAUUUUUCUCACAGCAAGAAGACGAUGAAGAAGAAGAAGAUGAAGAAGAACCAAAAGAACCAGAGGAAACAGUCCCUCUUAAUCCCCUCUUACAACCUGCUCUCACAGGGGAUGUAGAAGGUUUGCAGACGAUUUUUGAGGAUCCUGAGAACCCUCAUCAUGAUCAGGCCAUGCAGCUACUCUUGGAAGAAGACAUCGUUGGGAGAAAUUUGUUGUAUGCUGCUUGCAUGGCUGGGCAAAGUGAUGUGAUUAAAGCUUUGGCAAAAUAUGGUGUGAAUCUGAAUGAAAAAACCACCAGAGGUUACACACUCUUACACUGUGCUGCAGCCUGGGGUCGUCUGGAAACUUUGAAAGCACUAGUGGAGUUGGACGUUGAUAUAGAAGCGCUGAAUUUCCGGGAAGAAAGAGCUCGAGAUGUUGCUGCUCGGUAUUCCCAGACGGAGUGUGUGGAAUUCCUGGACUGGGCAGAGGCAAGGCUGGCUCUGAAAAAAUAUAUUGCAAAGGUCUCUGGAGCUGUUACAGACACAGAAAAGGGACCAGGGAAGCUCUUUAAGGAAGACAAGAAUACCAUCCUCACUGCAUGCCGUGUAAAAAAUGAGUGGUUGGAAACCAAUCUGGAAGCUUCCAUUAACGAGAUUUUUGAACAGAAACAACAAUUGGAAGAUAUUGUGACUCCUAUCUUCACAAAAAUGGCAACACCACGUCAUGUGAAAAGUGGCAAAUCUGUAGCCUAAGCCAUGGUCAGAAAAGAAGUCAAGAUCAUACCUUCUACUGAACAUGUAUUUAAUAAAAGACCACACUUCCUUCUAGUAUUUAUAAAAGCAAACUUAAUACGCCAACCGAAGUUAAGAAAAUCGAUGUGGGGUUUUAUAAAAAGGUUUAAGUAUGAAAUUAAAUCACCCUUUUCAAAAUUUUACCCUAUUCAGCAUGCUUACAUCCAGACGCUCUGGCCUUGCCUCUGCCGCAAGUGCAGGACCGUGUGAGUCCCACAUGCUCUUUCCAGAGAGCAUGCGGGCAAAUCACUCGCCAAGGCUCUCUGCAAGCCCUCCCAUCUGCACAGAGAACCUAACAAUUUUCUGUGUAACUGAGGCAGGACAUUUCCAUUCAACUGAGGAAUUAUAUUAAAAAAAAAAAAAAGAUGUAUUAGGAAAAAUUCGUUCUUCCUUUCUCAAAAGGAAACUGUAGAACACCAUUCUAGAGCAAUGACUACUUUUCACAUCCAAAUUAAAAUUUACCUGUGAGGUGGCAUUUAGUCUGUUAGUGAAACCUCGUUUCUUUAACUUCCACCUCCUUGGUCACUCUCCCUCUCUCUCUCUCUUCACGCACGUGCGUGCAUGUGCGCGUGCGCGCGCGCACACACACACACACACACACACACACACACAUUUAGAUUUACCCUAAUCUGUAGGUUUGGCAAUAUAGAAAUUUUAGCAGGACUCCAUGGUAUCUUUCUUUCUGUUCUGUUUUCUAUUGUUUAGGUUUUAAGUAUCACUGCUGGUUUCAUGUUAGUGAUUUGGAAUGUCUUUUUUUCCCUAGUUUAUCUGAAAGCCCCUGAACCUCCCAUUAUUCUGAUUUUGUGGAAAACUUUUCUAGAAAGGACAUGUUUAAGAAAAAAACCCACAUUUAUUUGUUGUCCUUAUGACUUCCUUUUUUGUCCUUCCCUGAAAGCUGGUUUUUCCUUAUAGAGGGAAAGAGAAGAAAUAGGGAAUUUAGUCAUUCCUUGUCCGCUGACAUUUUCUCAACCAUGAUUUUUUGGUAACACUUUUAAAUUUGUGUCACAGAUUUUUAAGUUUUGAGAUCAUUUUUAUGCAUGAGCACUUGAGUUUCAGUUGCUUUAAGCAAAAGAACAGGGCAGUAACUGUCACUCCCCUCUGGUAGGCCCAGUGGUGUUUUGGGAGCCCUACAGGUGGUUCUGUGUUCGCUCCAUCCUUCUCCUGCUGUGAGAAGUCCAUUACCUUUAAGCACUGCAGCAAUUUGGGACAAGGCUAGUUGCCAUUUUUACUGUUUCUGCUCUGACUCUCUGUUUUCUGAGCCUUGCUCUUGAAUAUGACAUGACUUCCCAGGCAUGUGGUCCCGGUAAUUAGGGUGGAUUCCUGAAUCUCACUUCAGAGAUUCCUAGGUGAGACUGAGGCACUUAUGGAGAUUUUGGUACAAAAUAAACCCUUCUCUUUUUUAUCUUUCAGUCCUUAUCUUCAAACUUCCUAAAACUUGUAAUGUAUAUAAUCAUGCUGUCUUUUGGAAUUCUUUGAUUGGCACCUUUAUGUCAUUAUGGUUCCUUUACUUCUUCUUUUUUUAAUUAUUUAUUUAUGAGAGAGAGAGCGAGCGCACAAGCACGGGUUGGGGGAGGGGCAGAGGGAGAGGGAGAAGCAGGCUCUUCACUGAGCAGGGAGCCUGAUGUGGGGCUCAAUCCCAGGACACUGGGAUCGUGACCUGAGCCAUCAGCAGACACUUAACUGACUGAACCACCCAGGUGCUCUUGGUUCCUUUACUUUUUUUUCUUUUUUAAAGAUUUUAUUUAUUUAUUUGACAGAGAGAGAUCGCAAGUAGGCAGAGAGGCAGGCAGAGGGAGAGGGGGAAGCAGGCUCCCUGCUGAGCUGAGAGCUGGAUGUGGGGCUUGAUCCCAGGACCCCGACACCAUGACCCGAGCCAAAGGCAGAGGCUUAACCCACUGAGCCACCCAGGCACCCCAGUUCCUUUUCUUUUUUAACAAUCUCCUUUUCUAACACCUUCACUAGUUUCUGCAGUCUGAAUGUGCUUGUAUCCCCCAAAAUUCAUAUGUUAAGAGCUAAUCCUAAUGUGAUGGUGUGAGGAGGUGGGGCCUUUUGAAGGUCUUGUCUUAUGAAAGAGACCUUCAAACAGUUCACUUGCCCCAUGCACCAUGCAAGGUUAUAGUGAGAAGAUAUGUGUCAAGGAGAUGGGCUCUCCCCAGACAGUGCAUCUUCUGGCACCAAUGAUCUUGGACUUCCCAGCUUCCAGAACUGUAAGAAAUAAAUGUUUGUUGUUUAUAAAGUAUCCAAUUGAUGGUCUUUCGUUAUAGUAGCUUGAACCAAGAUGCCAGCUCCUGUUCUUCAUCUUGCCUCCAGCAACGGAAACUUCUCGAAAGUCACCCCUAGCUUACAAUUUUAUAUGCCAGGUAUACCUCAAUAAAGCUGUAAAAAGGAAAACAACAACAACAACAACCCACAAUUCUGACCCUUGGCAAAGAAGUCUGUAACUCUCCACCCCAUGGCCUUCUCUGUUCCCAGUGUUAGGUUCCCUCCUCCUUUGGGGCACCCAUAGUGCUAAUAGCUACAUAUAUAUUCUAUUUAAUCGUUCACGUUUGCCUCCCCACAUGAAUUAUGAGCUUUUUGAGGGUAGGGGUUUUGUCAUGUUUUUCUUCAUACCUUAAGCGCCUGUAAGAUAGUAAGUUAAUAAAUAACAGUUGAAUAAAUUCUCUUUUGGUGCUACCUUAUUCCUGGAGCUCACUAGUCUUCCUUCAUUUAUAGAACUUAUUCACCUUUUCUAAAAAUGACUCCUGAACCCUCCUCUGCAUAUCUUGUUUGUGCCAGUGCCCCAUUUCUACUCCCACUCUCCCAGUAGACUAGCCGCAUGUACACACAGCAUCAUGACUAUGUAUCUAGUUUUCCCCGUAACUUUCUAUUUUCUGACCUUUACUUUGGAUUCCACAUGACUUUGUAGUCAUGUGAACCUGGUGAUUACUAAGGGAUUCCUGGAUCUCACUUCAAAGGUUCCACUGAUGUGAGGAUCUGAGUUUUGAGAGCUAUAGUACUUCUCGUGAUCUGUCAUUGCAUUGAAUUCAUGGGAGAGUUAAAAUACCCUUGUGUUUUGAGUUUGAACUGUUACAGGUAGCUGCAGAUGUUUUCUGAACACCCACAGACUAAUUUCAGUGUGCAUACUAGUAAAUUAAAUCACAUUAUUUGAGAAGUGGUCAAGCAAAGGCUAAAUUCAGUGCUGUGAUAAACUCUAGACAGUGGUUUCUAAAGACUUCUGUAUUUUCACUGGGAAAAAAUGUGAAAAAAUGGAGGACAUUGAAAUGACAUCACUAAGAAAACAACUACUAUCUGCUAUCACUAUUACUUAAUAAGAGACAUUUUAACAUCAGAAAAGAAGCAAAGGUAUGAUUCAUUGUAAGGCUCUGCCCUUUAAAUUGAAUAAAUUAAGCUUAAUUAUGGACUUAUAUAUUUUUCUCAUUUUGCCAUGUAUGCUGGAACUUUUAUCAUGAAUCACCACUGGUUUAUGGUCCAGCCUUUGAGAACAACUGUCUAGACUGAGCUGAACCAGGCAGAAUGCUAUUUAGAUUAACAUGAUGCCCCGAGUUAUGAUGCCCCGAGUUGUAAAGAACUGACAAUAUAUUGACACUUGAUUUGUGAUACAUUGUAUUCUCCAAGUUGGCCACAUCUCCUGCCCCACAUGUUCUUCUUACAAUGUGAUCUUGACCUUCCUCAUGCAGAGAGGUGGGUCUCUGUUUUCUCCUCUUUAAUCUGAGCAGGACUGUGAUUAUAGUGGAAGUAAUACUAUGUGAUUUCCAUAGAUCAUAAAAAGGGAUUCAGUCUCCAGUUAGUUCUUUUGAGAUGCCCAGUCUUGGGCACCAGUCUGUAUGGAAGGACCUAUGUGGACAGAAACUGAGGCCCCAACCCAAAGCCCUGUCUGAGCUCCAGCUAGCAGUUCCCGCCAACCUGCCAGCCACAGGAGUGAGCCAUCUUGGAAGUGGAUCCUCCAAUCAAGCCACCACAGCCAGUGCUAUAUGGAGCCAAGAGAAGCCUUCUCUGUUGAGUCCUGUCAAAAUUGUAGAUUUCAGCUAAAUAAAUGAUUGUUGUUGUUUUAA